CCACAAGAAAAUGUUUGUAAGGUGGAGGAGGACGGGGUUUUCAGUGACCAGCACCUGGAUAACCUGGAGAGGAGCUGCAGCCCGGACCAGGAGGAACCAGGGCAUCCACAGACUCCAGAACUGGAGGAAGACUCCAGCGGUCAGGAGAUGAAGCACGAGGACGUAGAGGUGGAUGUCUCAUUGGUCAAUGUCGCUGAUGUGAAAGUUGAAAAUGGGGAACCAGGACCAAACUGUGUCCAGCUGCUGUUGCACACUUCUCCUGAAGCUCAAAACAAAGAUGAGGAAGGGACUGAAAGUUUACGCUCAGACUCCAGUAAAACUGCAGAUCCGGAGCCAAUGAGACGACACGGUGACCACGAAGAUGCUGCUGUCCCGUCAGACAGCAACUGUAAAUCAAAGCUGACCAGGACCCACACGGGGAAGAAGGUAUUUUCUUGCAGAACUUGCAGGAAAGAGUUCAGUAGAAGUAGUAUUUUAAUGGAUCACAUGAAGAUCCACACUGGUGAAAGGCCGUACCUGUGCAACACCUGCAACAAAACCUUUACUAGAUCAUCACAUCUUAAAAGCCACAUAUACACGCACACGGGCGAGAAGCCCUACAUCUGCAAAACAUGUGGAAAAAGUUACAGGCUACGUUCCACCUUGGUGGUUCACUUGAGGAUCCACACCGGCGAAAAGCCGUACCUGUGCAACACCUGCGGCAAAAGCUUUAUUAGAUUAUCAAAUCUUAAAAGCCACAUAACCACGCACACGAACCAGAGGCCCUACAUCUGCAAAACAUGUGGAAAAAGUUACAGGCUAUCUUCCCACCUGGUGGUUCACUCGAGGAUCCACACCGGCGAAAGGCCGUACGUGUGCAACACCUGCAGGAAAACCUUUACUGACUCAUCACAUCUUAACCGCCACAUAACCACACACACGGUACCAGUUGCCGAAAUACUGCCUGUGUGA